AUGCCGGUGAAGCGCAGUGUGUGGUCGCCCACGGAGAGCACGAUUCUCGUGGCCGCCCGCUGGUUCAUGAAGGAUGAGCUGGAGCCGCUACUGGGGAAGCAGGGAUCCCAGUAUUGGGCCCGCCUCGUGCGCCACAUCGAGACCGAGAAUACCGGAUGGGUCCGCGGCAUCAACGCCGUGCAGAAACAGUGGCGCUACCUCGUCCAAAUGUACAAGCAGUUGCAAAAGGCGGACAAGGCGUCCGGCAACGGGGUGGUGUGUAAGCCGCCGUGGUGGCCGUACAUGGUGUUAUUUCAGAAUAACCGUGCAGUCGCGGCGCCGCACGACGUCGCCGCCGGUGGUGCCACACACGUGAAUGCGCCGUGCGGGUUCGCGGUGACAUUGACGUCCGUGCCAUGCACCUCAACGCCGACGUUCACGGCGGAGACGGCUACCAUGGUCGCGGCCAAGCUUGUCUCCGACACCAUCAAGGAGUGCCACGCGGAUGCGAUGGCAAAGCUGGAGGGGCUCGUCCGCGCCUGGAUGCAGCAGGACGUCGAGAUUGCCCGCGCCCGCAACCAGUGGCCGGCCCCUCCGCCACCAACCGUCAACGGAGCCCCCGCGGAUGCGGCCACACAGCCCGCACCGGCCGCCGCGGAAGGCGACGACAAAGUCUGGUUCCGCCGCGGUGAUCACGGUGGUGGCGAAGCUACUCCGGACGAGGCCGAGGAAGUGUGGGUUCGCGGCGACGCCGAGUAA